AUGGGAAGCGGAAUUAGUUCAGAGAGCAAGGAGUCAGCCAAAAGAUCAAAAGAACUGGAGAAAAAGCUUCAAGAAGAUGCGGAGCGAGAUGCAAGAACUGUAAAGUUGCUGUUAUUAGGAGCAGGAGAAUCUGGAAAAAGUACAAUUGUUAAACAAAUGAAGAUCAUCCAUAAGAACGGUUACAGUGAGCAAGAAUGCAUGGAGUUCAAAGCAGUAAUUUACAGUAACAUAUUGCAAUCCAUCCUAGCUAUUGUGAAAGCCAUGACUACCCUUGGGAUUGAUUAUGUGAAUCCCAGAAGUGCAGAAGACCAACGACAACUUUGUGUGAUGGCGAACACUCUGCAAGAUGGUGGCAUGACACCUGAACUGGCUGAGGUGAUAAAAAGACUCUGGAGAGACCCAGGAGUUCAGACCUGCUUUGAAAGGGCAUCUGAAUAUCACCUCAAUGACUCAGCAGCUUACUACCUUAAUGAUGUAGAUAGAAUCACAGCUCCUGGAUAUGUCCCAAAUGAGCAAGAUGUUCUACAUUCUCGAGUGAAAACAACUGGAAUCAUUGAAACUCAAUUCUCCUUCAAAGAUUUGCAUUUCAGAAUGUUCGACGUAGGAGGACAGAGAUCUGAGAGAAAGAAAUGGAUUCAUUGCUUUGAAGGCGUUACAUGCAUUAUAUUUUGUGCUGCGCUCAGUGCCUAUGACAUGGUCCUAGUGGAAGAUGAGGAAGUGAACAGAAUGCAUGAAAGCCUUCACCUAUUCAACAGUAUCUGUAAUCACAAGUACUUUGCAACCACCUCCAUUGUCCUGUUUCUCAAUAAAAAGGAUCUCUUUCAAGAAAAAGUAACCAAAGUGCAUCUUAGUAUCUGCUUUCCAGAAUACACUGGACCAAAUACAUUUGAAGAUGCAGGGAACUACAUCAAAAACCAGUUUCUAGACCUGAAUUUAAAAAAAGAAGAUAAGGAAAUUUAUUCCCACAUGACCUGUGCUACAGAUACCCAAAAUGUCAAGUUCGUGUUUGAUGCGGUUACUGAUAUAAUUAUCAAAGAGAAUCUAAAAGACUGUGGGCUUUUCUAAUCAGCCCUUUUUUCUUCCACUCUUGUUCUUGUACACUUUUCAAGAUAUAAAAGGAAAGGUGCUGUGUGAUGUGUUUAGUUUUAAUAACAUUAACUUAUCUAGAAAUGUAACUAGUGUUAUAAAACAAAAAGUUUUCAUAUAAAAAUUUUAAUAUAUUGUCAGCUCUCUCUGGAUGUUUCAA